UUUGUAGUUGUUUUGUAUCCUCCAAAAAUUGGGUUAUAUUAUUGAAAUGGCAUUUGGUCGACCUCGCGGUGGUGGCGGCGGAAGAGGAUUUCGCGGCGGUGGUGGUAGCGGCGGCGGAGGUGGCUUCAAGUCUGGAGGAAGUUUCAACAGAGGAGGUGGUGGCUUCAACCGUGGUGGUGGUCGCGGAGGAGGUCGUGGAGCAUUUGAUAAUGGUCCGCCAGAACGUGUUAUUCCCAUAGGAAACUUUGUUUAUACAUGCCAGAAUGAUUUAAUUUGCAAAGUUGCGAUAGAGGAUGUUCCUUAUUUCAAUGCACCAAUAUUUCUCGAAAAUAAAGAACAGAUUGGAAAAAUCGAUGAAAUAUUGGCACAGUUCGUGAUUACUCCGUGUCCAUUAAGUUGUCGGAAAAUGUUUAUGCAAACAGUUUUAAACCUGAUCAAACUUUGUUUAUUGAUCCUGGGAAACUAUUGCCUAUCGCAAGGUUUUUACCAAAACCCCCACAGCCAAAAGGACUUAAGAAAAAGGGCGCAACAGGUGGACCUGGUUUUCAAAGGGGUGGUUUUAAUCGAGGCGGAAUGGGUGGCCGGGGUGCACGGAACAGCUUUGGAGCCAGUGGCUUUAGAGGAACUGGGCGUGGAGCAGGAGGUGGAGGAUUUAACAGAGGACGCGGUGGUGCAGGCGGAAACGGUCGUGGGCGCUGGUAGUUUUCGUUAUUAGGUUCCAAGAUAAUAUUUUAUCCAGCCUUGCGUUCAUAUAUUCGACACCAGAAACUAUAGCUUUUAAGUCGAAAAAAAAACAAGCGGCGUUGAAUAAUAAAGAAAAAUAAUUUUAAAA